CCCGCUGGGCGCUGGCUGUGGCCUCGCCCCGUCCUGUGACUCCUUGGCCCGGCGCGCUCUCACUUGGCCCCAUGAUGCCGCAGCGCCGCCUCGCCGCGCGCCACCGCCGCCCGCCUGCCCCCAGGUAGCGUUACAUGAUCGCCCGCUCGAGACACGCUGCCUCGCUCGCAGCCGCAGCAUGUGGGGGUACCUCCUCCGCCGCUCGCUCGUACGCCGGCCUCGACCUGCUCCUGCAGGAGAACUUCUCGGCCCCGCGCCGCGUCCUCCAGCUCCACGCCCUCCUCCUCACCUCCGGCGCGCUCUCCCUCCCGCACCCCGACCCGGCCGCCACCGCCGCCUUCCCCUACAACUGCCUCAUCCACGCCCACCUCCGCCUCCGCGGCUCCGCUUCUCCUCCAUGGGGCCCCCUCCGGAUCUUCUCCGCCAUGCUCGCCCGCGGCGUCCGCCCCAACCGCCACACCUUCCCCUCCCUCCUCAAGUCUAGCGCCAGCUUCGACGCGGCCACCCCGACCCUCCACGCGCAGUGCCUCCGCCGCGGCCUAGACGAGGACCGCUUCGUCGCCUGCUCGCUCCUCAGCGCCUACGGCCGCGACGGCCAUCUUGUGCGCGACGCGCGUAAGGUGUUCGACGAUAUGGCUAGUCCGGAUUUGGCUACCUGUAAUGCCAUGCUUGACGUGCUGUGUCUCUCCGGAGACAUGUAUGGUGCCCGCUGCUUAUUUGAUCGUAUGGUGGUGAGGGAUGUUGUAUCGUGGACGACGAUUAUCUCUGGGUUAACGAGGAUUGGGUGUCACUGGGAUGCUGUUGAAAUGUUCCGGGCAUUUCUGCUGCAGAAUAAGGGACGGCUUUCUGAGGCCACACUGGUAAGCGUUCUUUCAGCUUGUGCUAAUCUGGAUGCUGUGGAGGGGCUUGCGGUUGGAAUGGCUGUUCAUGGGCAUGUUGUUCGCCAUGAGGUUCAGUUCACUGCGUUCUUGGGCACAGCACUCAUCGACAUGUAUGGUAAGUAUGGGAAGCUUAGCUGUUGUAGCCAUAUCUUUCAUUUGGUAAGAGACAAGGAGGUUUGUACGUGGAAUGCACUGUUGUCUGCAUUGGCUAAUCAUGGGAAGGAGGCUGAAGCACUGGUUAAGUUUGAGAUGAUGAGGAGUGAAGGGUUCUUGCCAAAUCAUAUUACAUUCGUUGCUGUAAUGACAGCCUGUGCUCGCGCAGGAUUGGUGGAGACUGGCUUAGACUUCUUCGAAGAGUUGUUUACUGAAUAUAAGGUCAUUCCAAUGAUGGUGCAUUAUGGGUGUGUGGUAGAUCUUUUAGGCCGUGCUGGUCGUUUUCUGGAGGCAAUUCAGAUUAUAGAGAGGAUGCCAUUUAUGGCUGAUGAUUCUGUGUGGGGUGCACUUCUUGGGGCUUGCAAGAUCCAUGGCAAUAUAGAGCUUUCUGCCCAGAUCAGGGAGAAACUAAUAGUUCUUGGUGGUCAGCAACCUGGACGGUAUGUGACUGUUAGGAACAUGUAUUUAGAAGAAGGGAACUGGUAUGCUGCCACUAGAAUGGGAGAGGUGAUGCAGGAGGCUGGUAUUAAGAAGAUAGUGGGUAUGAGCAGUGUUGUGCUUAAUUGAGUUAAUUCUAUCACAUGAAGUAGUAGUUAUAUUAUUCAUCGGAUUAGAUGUUUGUAAGAACAGAAUAGGUAUGAUGUUACUUCUAGAUGUUGGAAUUAAUUUGUCAUUUGGGACAAAACCUGUAACGCUCUGAUUUUCAUUUGGGAUUAAAAAUCAUUAAAUAAUGUAUUUUCCAGAAAUUAAAUAAAAGUUAAAUCAAUUUAA